ACGCGCGCAUUCCACUCCAGACGCUCGACGCGAUACGUUGGCUCUUUCGCUGGGGCUUAGCACUUAAACUUUUCUUCUCUCCGUUUGUGUAUGAGUUUCUGUUUGUUUAUCAUUUGGUUCAUUCGUUAUGAUCGUUUCAAUUCUCUGACUUUAUUGUUAUCUUGUCAGGAGUUUCGUAUAAGUUACGAUGGAUUCAAGCGAGUUCGAGAAUUUUGCGGUAUGGCAGUACAAUGUUUAAUGACAAAGAAAAAUAAAACUUUGGGAAGAAUGUUGAAAAAACGCGAGCACGACGAGAUCGAACAAACCGGUUUCCUUUGGAUUCAACUUAGGCUUAUGGUUUGUGUGGGAAUUUGACCGCAAGCAAAGCUUAACAACUUCACAAAAACUCACAGAGACAAAAGUGAAUGCCAAACAGGCAACAAUACGAAAAUAUAUGAAAGCGAUGGGAAAGAAAUUACCAAAAAAAAAAGAAUGAACUCCGGCCGGGACAAUAGGAGCCAAAAAGCCAGAACGUGUCGCUCAAGAUGCAUGGGAACAAAAAAAAGUAGCCUCUGGUCGUUUGUGUGGGUGUUGGUGAAUUAGGGUAAUUAAACGAUAUGCGGGACAUGCAUUUCCUGCAAUGAUUUUGAAAAUAAUGAAGUGUUACAAGCUCUUUUAAUCGGCGAAAGCUGGCAUAAGUGUAGCGGAGCUCAUACAUUAACCGUCACCCGGUCAAUGCUAAAAUUCAUAAAUAGGCGAAUUUUGUAAUGGCUUUAUGAACACCCGCAAAGUGAAGUAAAGAUUUUGGUGCUUGGAAAAGGAGCAAAAUAAGAAGAUUCAUCAAUACAAAAUCUACUGAAAUUUGGAUCAGAGCAAACGGAAUUCAAUGCCAAUGCAAGUCAACAUUUCGAAUAUUCCAAACCGCUUUCCGCAACCCUAUCCAUUCUCCCUAAUCUUUGAGAAACGGUUUUUGCUUGGAGUUUCCCUACGAAAAAAUGUCAGAAAUAGUUAGAAAUGACGUCAGCACUGAAUCACUCUGCACCGUAAUAGAAAACUUUAGCGGAAAUAAUAGCACCAAUAGUAAGCACAACACAAGUAGAACCCUCCAUAAAAACUCCGAUGAUCAAACCAACGUAUCAGAAAACCCAAAUGUUCCUUCCAAAGAAAUUAUUAUUAACUUAGCCACCAGCAGCGACGUGUCGGACAAAUCACUGUAUGAUACCUGUGAUACAUCUCAAGAAGAAUCGAAUACGUCAAGAUCGGAAGCGAUUAGGCCAAGCACAAAGCUCAAGAAAUCGGUUUCUUUUGAUCCGCAAGAUGAAAAAGUGCGUAAAUUCAUUGCCGGCGAACCGAUUGUAGAUCAGAAGAAUCCAUUUAAACAAAAUUAUUCCACUUGGGCAAACUCUGCUAAGAAGAAGAAAAUUCCGCCUCCGGUACCAACCAAACGAUCGACGUUGAGUGUACGAAAAACUGUAACCCAACAGCUGCGGGAAAGAGAACGUGAGAAAGAGAAAGAAAAAGAACGACUAAAAAACGAAACCAAUAAUCGAAAGUCGAGCGUUGGCGUCAAACCAUCCUUGCCAUCUCCCGACGACUUUGUCACCACUGAAGAAGUCCUCAAUCAAUCCAAAUAUGUCAAGACGUACAUAAAAAAUCCGGAUCCUUACUUUGUUUAUGAUCCGACGAUACUUGCUCGCCUUAAGUGUGAAGAAUUGCGUGAUCUUGCUGAGAAGAAGCCACAAAAAAAGCUACGUUUAUCAAACCAAACCAGAGAUCGAAUAAAAGACUUAAAAAGUAAGCCGUCAGCAGAGACAUCACUUUCAUAUUCGAAACUCCCAUUUAAGAAAUGUUCAAAGCCGAAUUAUCCCGAUCUCUCUGAUAUUAAGAUAAAAGUGGGAACCGACCUGGACGGAAAUUUCUUUAACCCAGCCGAAGUCUCUAAGAACGCGAAAAAAUUCGAUGAUCGAGUGAAAAAGCUCCAUAUAAGCUCUGAUGAUGAUCUAGAUGAAUUAGAUUGUCCCCUAACCAAAAGCGAGUCGAGUGACGAAGUGACACCAAAUUUGGUAAAUAAAGAAAUAGACAGCGAACACGAAAAUAAAGAGGCCAACAACGCUGAAAUGAUGAACGCAGAAAGUAAAUUUAAAACGCCAGUUGAAGGCACAUUUACCGACACGAUAAAAUCGAAAGAAUUUCAAGAAUACCUUGAGAAAAAAGGUCUUACUUUGAUACCCAAAAAAAUUCCAAAUGGCGCACGUCCUGUGUACACAAAUGGCAUAGAUGUGGCGAAAUCAAAUCCGCGCAUAUCUUUUAAAAGUCCCGAAAGCGUACAGAUCUCAGUUGAUACUACAGAUGCUGCUAGAAAUUUUAAAAAGCCCUCAGUAUUCCAACGUCUGCUAUCUAAUAGCAUUUUUGCUACAAGGCGUAAAACAACUCCCAAAGAUAUCGUUCCUACACCCAGGUCAUUAUGCAAUUACAAUACGCAUGUCAAGGAAAGCAAUGAUAAUUUGCACCCGUCGAUGAAACGAGUCAUCCUGGAGAGACAAAGUUUUCAUGGCCGGCCGCGUGCGACCAACAUUUUAAGUUCCGCCGAAACCGAUUAUCUAAAACACCAAGAUGAACGUUCGCGAAAGAGUUAUGCAAGUGGCGAUAAUAUUUCCCUUUCACUAUCUAGUGUCUUAACCAAUGCCGAACUUACACAUUCUGCGGAACGAAACGUUCACACUCCCAUUAUGAAACCCCCGAGGCGCACACAUUCCCGGGAACGGCUAGGCAAUGCUCAACAAGCGAAACCAUCGCAGCAAAGUACAACAAUUUUGAAACCAAGAGCCCAGCGAUUCCCAGCGGCACCUAUAAGUGAACCAGAAGGAACUCUUAAACGAACUGCUGAACGUCAGAGUCUCAUACCGAAACGAACCACGCAAACACUGGACCGCAGACAGAUGUUUGGUCGUUCCUCUUCGAUGGACCGCAACGAAAUACUAAAAAAGAGACUGGUGCGAGAGCUUCAAAAUCGCUCAAAAAGUGACAACGAGGCUUCAAAGGUUUCAACUCCCUUAGCAUCCAAGGAAAACAUACGCGAACAAUUUUCGACACUGAACGGACCCAAACUUACUUCAACGCCUAUUCGAAAUGUGAAUAGCGAUAACGACAGGAAAGACUUUGUGCAAGGUGCAAAAACUACCAAUAAGAUAUACGUCGACCAACAGGAAUGGGAGCGAUUGAAGGCAAUGAAAGACCGCAUGGAUAAAGAACUUUACUUCCGAAUGUUACAAGAACAAAAACUACAACAGGAUGCAGAAAACAUAUACGAACGCCUUCAACCAACCCAACAAAUACUUAUUGCCCAACCUUCUAACGUAUCGACUCAACCGAGAUCGCUGGAAACCAAUUUCAUUCGAGGUUCACCCCAAAGGAACACCUUUUCAGGUUUGACCAAGAAUCGCCAAGCCAAAAUUAUUGACGGAAGAGCACUGAUUCCCGCCGCCGCCGUAUAUCCUCUAACUACAAUGCAGUCCAUUCCUAGUAUAAACCACUCAUUUUUUGAAGCAACUCCUCGUAGUCAAAGUGUCUUAGAUAAUAUGACUUUAACGUCGAGGCAUAGUAACGGUAACAGAAAGGGCUACGAAAGUGAUGUGGGCACACCUGUUGUUCUACGACGAAAAGAUAAUAAUCCAACGGAACACUUUGAGCAACCUGAACAGCGCCGCAUCGGAGGCAUACUGACGCGCGAUGAGAUUUUGCAAAAAGUGAAGGAAUUUUGCAGAAAAUCAUUAAAUAAAACGCCCACUCUUCAGCAACCACAAGUGGUGGCAAUUAACAAGAAGCAACCGGGACCCUCCGACCUAUCACCGGUAUCGUAUGCUUCUGUUGAAACGAAUCUGCGGCCACCUUCGCGGAUGUAUGCUGCUCCACAAGUUCCACAACGCAUGCAGAGCCUGCCUCAACAGUUCAUUCCAAUAAACCCGAACACAUCAUCGCCAAUAUAUGCACAUGUUGUGAAAAGAAGCAGUUUACUAUCGAAUCAUUCUGGAAUUUACGACAGCCCGCUAAGAACAAGCCAGGAGGGGCGAGAUGUGGAAGCUCCAGCAAUGUACAUUAGCCGCGGAAGCUUGGCAGCUCCACAAUUUGUGCUUGUUGAGGGCGAUAAAUGGGUUCCUGCAACGCAAGUGAUUGGCUAUUAUCCCAGCCAGAGUGAUAUCUACGCACAGCCACACUACGUAAGGCCAUAUAAGUUGCAACCGGUUCCGGGUGCUUAUGGUUACAUAAGCGUUCGUGAACCCCAACCAAGGCAGCAGUUGCGGCCCAGGUUGCAUGAUGGACGAAGUACUCCGUUGAUACUUGAUAAUUCAAGUCAACAGACGAGUCAAAUAUAUUGGGCGCCACAUAACCAGCGUUUGCCGCAACACAAUGGCCUUCUGCCGGUGGAUAUCAGCAGCCCCCGCUACAUAUUCAAGCAACUACACCCUCAGUCUACAACUGGAAUGGAAAUAGGUAAUAACAAACCGAUUCCUAAUGCGGCUGGUGCUCAACAACAACCGCCUCCAAAAAUUGAACGUGGAUGCCCGCCAACUAAUCGCCAGCAACAAAUGAAAAUUUCUACGGAUGAGUUGAGGGAUUUGAACAUUCAACACCCGUACGAGUGGGAGAGUGGCUCUGAAGCUGGUGAGGUCCAACGCAUACUGGAAAACCCAAGAAAUAGUGGUGAGUUCAGAGAAAUUAACUUCUUAAGGAAUCUCAAAAAGAAAUUUUCUCGCUUCCUUUUUUAAACAUCUAAGGUUUAUGUAUUUGUAAGUGCAUGUACAAGUCCGUAUGUUUAAAAAUUGCUCGAAGAUUUAGAGUAAGUUUCAAGCAUUCCAUUUCAAUGUCUAUGGAUAUUUACAUAGUACAUAGAUACAUACAUAUGUAUGUAUAUGUGUGAAGUGCACUUGUAAGCAGACCUAUGUAUGGGGUGCUUUAUUGGCUACAGGCAAGAACCAAAAAUACAAGAUCACGCACUCUUACCCGUCACGCCCGUUAUAAUCGCAUUAAGGAAAAAAGUUGGCGAUUUUGACAUUAGCGGCUUGUUGACAUUUGUUCGUUUUUUACAAUUUGGUGGUGGCUUUUUACUGCAAUUUUCUUCAUUUCGCUUAUGCCAACGUGUGUACACAUAAUGUAAAGAUUAAUUUAUGUAAUACAACGACAUGAUUUAUAGAAGAAUUUUCGUAAUAAAAAUGAUUAUUCAUGCGUUCAACACUUACGCGGUUUUAUGCGUUCUCUUCGUUGUAUUCCGUCGUACAACAAAGAUGGCGUCGAGAUUUCGACAGCUAGAAAAUAACUUUUUUCUUUCUUUCGUUCGCGCGUGAUCUUGUGUCUUUCGUUCAUAAGCUACAGGUGUCGUUUUUUGUUUACGAUUUAAGUCUACUACGUUCUGUAUGUAUGUAUGCAUGCUUGCGUUCGAAGCACCGUGCCAAUUUUUCUGCACCAGAAUCAGUGUUGCCAGAGAGAAAUGUCGUUUGGAGCUAAACGGUGGAAAAAGAGCUAAGUACAAGUAAUAGUAGUGAAGAGCUAGAUUCUUUUUAAGUUGAGCAUUUAUUGACGUAAGGUGGUUUUAACAUUUUCCACAAUUUUAAUAAAAAACAACGAAGUUUAUAAGUUUAAAUGCUGAAAAAAAACUUUCAAAAUAUGAAGUGGGCGUGGUUAUCGUCCGAUUUUAAAAAUGUUCGGCCAUUUGGUAUGCUGCGCCAAGGCCAACUACUGUUCCAAGUCUGGAAGAAAUUAGUGCAGCGGCUACCAAGAUAUACAUAUGUAAUCAUAAGUGGGCGUGACUACGCCCAUUUUCCAAAAAUUUAUAAUAUUCUUAUUUUUCGACUAAAAACCAUUGUAAAUAUCAAUUCUUAGUGAAUAAUCUUCAGUAGUUACUAAAAUAUCGCAGUUUUCGUAUUUCUGAAAAUUACCGUUAUAUGGGAGGUAGGCGUGGUUAUUGUCCGUUUUUACCCAUUUUCAAUGUCAUCCGUCCUACGCCUGAAAGAAGUGUACAUACCAAGUACCAAUUUUCGUGAAGAUAUCUCAAUUUUUACUCGAGUUAUCGUGUGCACCGACGGACGGACGGACAGUCACCGCUUAAUCGAUUUCUCUUUUCAUUCUGAUCAUUUUUGUAUACAUAUAUCUAUAUCUAUCUCGGUUCGUUUAGCCUGUUACAAACAACCGUUAUGUGUGUGUGUUGUGCACAAGUGCGCUCGGGUAUAAUAAAGAUCUAGCUCCAAAAGCACCAAAAUGGCAACACUGACCAGCAUCCAUACAAACAUUGAUUUAUGUUUAUGAUUAUAUGUAUGUGAUUAUACAAGUACUACAUAAGACCAGUAUGUAAUAUAUUUUAUGUAACUUCAUAUGUAAAUAAAGUCGAAUUUAUUUAUUUAUAAUUUUAUA